AUGAGGAAACAAGGCGAAGGCCGAGACCCUGUCAAAAGUAUAACCUCGUCGUUCGUCACCAGCCUCUUAAGGAGGCGUGCGAAGUGCACUGAUGGCUACGAGUAUGACAGCGCGAGACAAGUCUGCCGAGACAUAGACGAGUGUGUCACUCUGGCCGACGCCUGCAAAGGAGGCAUGAAGUGUGUCAACCACUUCGGCGGCUACCUCUGCCUGCCCCACAGUGCCCAGAUCAUCGUAAGCAACGGCGAGGAGGAGGAGGUGGCCGACCCCACGCCGCCGCAGCCUGCUCUGCCCGCUGUCCGUGUGCCUCACGUCCCAUCUGGCCCCGCGUCGACCGGCGGUGACCUCGCCCGUGGCCUACCCGCGCAGGGACACACCAUCCAGUGCUCCGCAGGAUUCGUGCCGGACGAGCACGGCUACUGCCGAGACAUUGAUGAGUGCACAGGUAACCCAUGCCAACAACAGUGCAUCAACAUCCUGGGCUCCUUCAUAUGCAAGUGUGACCAUGGCUACGAUCUGGCACCAGACGCCGUGUCAUGCCAAGACAUCAACGAGUGUGCCUUCUCGCCUUACAUGUGCCAGGGGGACUGUGUGAAUCAGCCAGGCAGCUACGUGUGUGUGUGCCCCGACGGCUACCAGCUACAGGCCGCCCGCCUGUGUCAGGACAUAAACGAGUGUGAAGCGAGCCAUAACUGCCGUGAGGACCAGAUGUGUUGGAACUACCACGGAGGCUUCCGCUGCUAUCCCAGAAACCCCUGCCGUGAGCCCUACACGCAGACUGGAGAGGGGCGCUGUAGUUGCCAGUCGGCGGCGGUGUGCCGUGGCCUGCCCCCCUCCAUCGUGUACAAGUACAUGAGCAUCACGUCCGAGCGCUCGGUCCCCGCCGACAUCUUCCAGAUCCAGGCCACCAGCGUCUACCCCAACAUGGUCAACACCUUCAGGAUCAAGGCAGGCAACGAAGGAGAGGAGUUCUACCUCAGGCGCACCAGUAACGUGAGUGCCAUGCUGGUGCUGACGCGCCCUCUGCGGGGCCCGCGCGAGCACGUGGUGGACCUGGAGAUGGUCACCCAGAACAGCGCCCUCAACUACCGCUCCAGCUCCCUCCUCAGGCUCACCAUUGUCAUCGGAGCACACACAUUCUAAAGGAGACGCACGCACACACACACACACACACACACACACACACACACACACAAACCACCUACCACUACUGGAUACUUCUGCAGCUGAUCAGUUGAUCUUUUAGAUUGUGCACCACACAUUAAAACACACACAUACCCCACACACACACACACACACACACACACACACACACACACACACACAUACCACACACACACACACACACACACACACACACACACACACAUACCACACACACACACACACACACACACAUACACACACACACACACACACACACACACAUUCACUCUUUAGUCAGACAUCUGCACACGUACAGCGAGAGGCAGUAACAUAACCAGUUCCAGCAUAACCAGUGAUGAUGUCAUUAUCACAGCACUCUACAGUCACAUUCCAUGCUGUUGUCAUUUGUUUCUAUGUUGUCGAGUAGUAAGGCUUACGGCCUUUGCGCGAUGAGUCCAUUUUGUUUUGUGUGAAAUUGUCAGGAAGUUUGAAAAAUAAAGACAACCUCAUGUUCUGCCAAUUACAUUUGUA